AAGCAAUAUUUCAAGAGAAAUAAAAUACAAUAAUUUGUGCGUGAAUUGAGACUGUGAUUUGGCAUAUCAUUGAAGUAGGAAAAGCGAAGAAAGCGAAGGAAGUACACUAGAAAUGGAUAUCAAAGCGUCUACGCCGCCAUCAGUGACCGCACUCGAGACUGCACAUCCAGCGCCGGGCUCCCCCUCGAUGGAGGCCAAGGCCCACAAGCUGGCAGUAUCCGCGGCGGCAGCGGGAGGAGUAGGAGGAGGCGGCGGUCUGGCAUCGGCUGUGGCGUCUACAGCCACCACCACGGCCACAUUCCAACACAUCUUCGAGCAGCUGGUGCAGCAGAGCGGCGGCAGCCCCAAGCUGGCGCCCAAGCAGCUCGAGCACCUCCGCCACCUGCUGGGCAACGUGCGGGACGCCAAGAACCUUCAGUUGCUGGUCGAGAAGUUCAAGAAUUUCGAGCAGUUCCACGAGCACUACGCCGGACAGCUGGCAUCCAACAACAACACUGUGAUCUCUGCUGAAGAUAGCAACGACUUGCUGAAGGACAAUGCAAGGAAAUUCGGGCCUGGCGGACAGACGCUGACACCGCGCCACACAAUCGACGCCAUUCUGGGCCUGAAGAACCGCAACGGCAAAGCGGAAACGGACGGCGACGGCGACAUGGAAGCCGCAAUGGGCGAUGAGGAUGCCACCGAUCUACGCUGCGGCAUGACGCUGACGCAGCUGCGCAAUAUGGACCACCACAUGGCCAGCAUGCUGCAGCAGCACGCCGCCAAGAACGGCGGAGUCUUGCCAUACGGUCCGCCAACUCCGCCUGGCCAGCAGCAGCAGCAACAGCCGCACCAUGGGGCGACGAUGCCGGGGCCGCCGCCUCAGCAACAGGCACAUCCGCAGGCCGGACAUCACCCUCAGCCCCACCAUGCCCCCCCGUUCGGCUAUCAUAAUGCCUUCGGUUUCGGGCAGAGUCAUGGGUAUGGGCAGCAGGAGGACGCGGCUGGCAAUUACCUCAGCUCCAUGCACCAAAUGGUCGAAGCCAAUCAAUUGCAGACCGCUCCUCCGCCGCCUCCCCCCAAUUCCUAUGGCAGCCACCAGCAGCACUUGGCAGCCUUGGCCGCGCAUGCGCAGGAGCAGCACCAGCAACAACAGCAGCAGCAUGCAAAGUAUGCCAAGUCAUCGCCCACGACAACAACUGCGGCGGCGGCCCCUCCUGGAGGCUACUUUCUGGACGGCCAGACGGCGCCUGGCAAUGUCGCUGCUGCCGCGCAGUCGCACGCACAGAUGGGCAGAGGCGACUACGACGAGCGUUCAAUGUCCUCCAGCAGCGAGAUGGAGGAGGACGAGGAUGAUGCGGCAAAGAUGCAACUCGACGGCGACCAAAGCAACAUCGAUGUGACCACGCCGCCUACACCCGGAGACCGAUCACUGGCCAGCAAGCGCAAGUACUGUGAUGAGAACGAGGCGAAAUUAGCCAACGGCCAGCAGCCGCAGCAGCAGUCACAGUUGGCCAAUUACGGCAUUCGAGCUCGCAGCCUGGACGAGGUGCAACAACAACAGCAGCAGCAGCAGCAGCAACAACAGUCCCACCAGCAGCAUCAGCAGCAGCAACAUCCCCAGCAGCAGCAGCAACAGCAAAACUUUCAACACGAGUACCGCGGCAGUGGCAACAAUGGAGCUGAACACGGAGAUCGUCUGGCUGCGGACACGGAGAGCCUGGUCAACGGCAGCUGUGCCUCCAGCGAGGAUCUCAACCAGACCAACAGCAGCGAACAGGGCGAGAAAAUUACAUCCGGCAGCGACGAUGAGGGCCAGGACGACAACUGUGCCAAGAAGAAGCACCGCCGGAAUCGAACCACCUUCACCACCUACCAGCUGCACGAGCUGGAGCGGGCCUUCGAGAAGUCCCACUACCCCGAUGUCUACUCGCGCGAGGAGCUGGCCAUGAAGGUGAACCUGCCCGAAGUGCGUGUCCAGGUCUGGUUCCAGAAUCGACGGGCCAAGUGGCGUCGCCAGGAGAAGUCGGAGAGCCUGCGUCUGGGCCUGACGCACUUCACCCAGCUGCCGCAUCGACUGGGCUGCGGAGCCUCUGGUCUGCCAGUGGAUCCCUGGCUGUCACCGCCACUGCUGAGUGCCCUGCCAGGCUUCCUGUCGCACCCGCAGACGGUGUACCCCAGCUAUCUGACCCCACCGCUGAGCUUGGCGCCCACCAACCUGACGAUGAGCAGCCUGGCGGCCAUGGGACACCAUCACGGCCAUAAUGGACCACCGCCACCACCACCGCACGGACACGGACUCGGGCACGGUGGCCUUGGACACGGUCAUGGGCAUGGCCAUGGGCAUGGACAUGGGCAUAACCAGCCCCAGCCACCGCCGCCACCUGGUCCACCCCAUCCUCAUGGCGGCCAUCAUGUAGUGCCGCUGUCACAUCUCUCGCCGCACCUGUCACGCAUGUCACCGCACGCCACCUCGCUGGGCUCCCCCCACCACGGAGUGUCGGCCACCGGCCUCACCCCCAUCACAACCCUGCACAACAGCCUGCCACCCACCACGACGACCGCAGUCUCAUCCUCGUCCUCCUCCUCCGCCUCGCUGGAGUGCAGCGGACCGGACGUCUGCAUGUCACCGCAGAACUUGAGCCUCUGCAACGCCGACUCGAACGGGGAGGCGCGGGACAGCAGCGACCUGGACGCCGGCAGCAGCAACAGCAACCACGGCAGCGGCCUGGACAAGUGCGCGGCCAGCGCCAGCAUCGAGCUGCUUGACGUCGGACGUGAGAGUCCGCCACCACCGCCGCCAGCGUCGGUGAAGCACUCCACGUCUCCGCCGGCGGACAUGCGGAGCAACUCGAUAGCCACGCUACGCAUCAAGGCCAAGGAGCAUCUGGACCAGCUCAACAAGGGCCUUGUCUCCAUGGUCUAGCCACAGAAGGUUCCUAGCCGCUAGCUUUGCAUCCACGGCACAGCAAUUCCCAAACUCCCCUAGACUUAGUUCUUCUUAGUUCAGCUCCAAUCAAAAUUCCCUCCUCCCAAAUCGUCUAUGUUUCCUAUCUUCUAGGUGUCAUUAGUAUAGUGAAUCUCAUGUUUUAAGUCUUUGUUUUAGUUAUCUACAUACAAUCUACAUGCAAUCGGGUUCAGAGUUCAGUAAGAACAAAAUAACCUGCCAGAAGAACCAGUGAAAGCGUUUCCCAUAUCGUUGAACAAAACUGUGCAGAAUGUAAUUUGACAAUUUUCAUUAAUUCAACAGCAAAGGACAACAGCAAACAAAAAUAAGUCUAAUCCUAAAGCAUAUUAGCACA